CUCUCUCUCUCUCGAGAGUCCACACAUUCUCAGCAGAGCGAAGCGCGAGGCAUAGGACAAGGGGAAGAGACCAAUUGGCGUCGCGGGCGAAUUCGCUUAUAGAAUUCGACCAGCGAUCGCUGCCGAGGCAGAAGCUACACGGAGAAAAGUCCAAGAGGGCCAUGAAAUUUUUAAGGAAGCGUAGUUUACUUUGAUGGAAGAGGACGCGGAAAGAGCUCUUGGGUCGCGGACAGAUGGCGGGUACAGUCCCUUGCCGGCCCCGUCGAUAGAUUCCUUUUGUUAUGUGUACUGAAAUCGUUUUCCCUCUAACUGGGUUCUUAUAAAUGUGGCUGUUUUCUGCUUGCAUCGGCGUGUCCGAGCACUCGUGGAAGCUGCUGUCAUUUGAUGCUGCUAGAUGAUUCGGUUUGACCCGGAGACUUAUAUGGACCAGCACAGUGAUGGCCCUGCUCCCAAGUGGAGUAAGGGCACUCCAAUUUUGAUCAAUUUCAUCACCAUCACGUUUCUAGUAUGCUCUCCCAUUUUAUCUGUUGAGUGUAGUGCAAUCAGUGUUUGGCCAAAACCAAGAGAAUUUUCAUGGCCAACUCAACAGGCGACCUUACUGUCUCCUUCUUUUACCAUCGAAUCUCCCCAUCACCAAUACCUCUCAGCUUCUGUUAACCGCUAUCUUCAUCUCAUCCUCUCCGAGCAUUUUUAUCCUCUUUCCAAUCCGCAUGCCAACCUGACGAAUGGCCCCACUUUGCAAACUCUGCUUGUACUGGUCAAUGAUCUAGCUGCUCCUCUCAGCCAUGGUGUGAAUGAAUCCUACAGCCUUAGCAUCCCCACCUCAGGCGACAAAGCGAGCCUGAUUGCCGAGACAGUAUGGGGUGCUAUGAGGGGUCUUGAGACAUUCUCCCAGCUUGUGUGGGGGAAGCCCUCAUGGGUGGCUGUUGGAGUGGAGGUGCGGGAUUGGCCAAUCUUUUCUUAUAGAGGGAUAGUGCUGGAUACCUCGAGAAACUACUAUAAAGUUGAAGACAUCCUAAGGACUAUUGGAGCAAUGAGUGCCAACAAGCUCAAUGUUUUUCAUUGGCACAUCACUGACUCGCAUUCAUUCCCUUUGUUGUUGCCUUCAGAACCCGAUCUAGCAGCUAAGGGAGCCUAUGGGUCUGACAUGCAAUACUCACCAGCUGAUGUUAGGCGCAUCGUUGAAUUUGGCCUGGAACAUGGGGUUCGUGUAUUGCCAGAAUUAGACAUGCCUGGUCAUACAGGAUCGUGGGCUGAAGCUUAUCCAGAAAUUGUAACCUGCGCAAACAUGUUUUGGUGGCCAGCAGGAAGUGAAUGGGCAGAUCGGCUAGCAUCAGAACCGGGAACGGGUCAUCUUAACCCAUUGAACCCAAAGACCUAUCAAGUUCUCAAGAACGUCAUUCGUGAUGUGGUGACAUUAUUCCCAGAUCAAUUCUUCCAUGCUGGAGCUGAUGAGAUCAUACCUGGCUGUUGGAAAGCCGAUCCAACAAUUCAAGCAUUCUUGUCGAGCGGUGGCACUCUGAGUCAGCUACUUGAGACAUUUGUCAACUCCACCUUACCUUAUAUUUUAUCUCUUAAUAGGACUGCUGUCUACUGGGAAGAUGUCUUGUUAGAUCCGAAUAUCAAGGUGGAUAAAUCACUUCUUCCCCCAGAGCACACUAUCUUGCAGACAUGGAAUAAUGGUCCCAAUAACACAAAAAGGAUUGUCUCUUCUGGAUAUCGAGCCAUCGUGUCAUCAUCAGAUUUCUACUACUUGGAUUGUGGGCAUGGAGACUUUCUUGGAAAUGAUAGUCAAUAUGAUCAGCCGCCAGGCAGUAAUCCAGGGAAUGGUGGUUCAUGGUGUGGACCUUUCAAAACGUGGCAGACUAUAUACAAUUAUGAUAUAACAUAUGGUUUAACUGAGGAGGAAGCAACAUUGGUGCUUGGUGGAGAGGUUGCACUCUGGUCAGAGCAGGCGGACCCAAAUGUUCUAGAUGCACGUAUCUGGCCUAGAGCUUCAGCAAUGGCAGAGAGCAUGUGGUCAGGGAAUCGGGACGAGAAAGGCAUGAAGAGAUACGCGGAAGCAACUGAUCGUUUGAAUGAAUGGAGGAGUAGAAUGGUCAGUAGAGGGAUUGGCGCUGAGCCCAUUCAGCCACUUUGGUGCAUAAGGAACCCAGGGAUGUGCAAUACGGUUAAUCCAUUUGUUUAGUUGCUAUUGUUGCCCCAAGAAAAUGAAAAUGGGAGUUGUUUUGUGUAAUCUUACUGCAUUUCUUUUCCAAUUGUAAAAGCUGAGAAAAUGUCCAUUUGUUCA